UUGUUCCUUCUGAACUGUAGAUAUAGAUGAAAGUGAGGUUAGUUCGAAAACAUUGCGGUGAUAGUGUAGUUGAACAUUUGUUUGUUUUUAUGAUAAGAACAGAAUUAUUAAGCUGACAUAAUUCUAAUUUUAUUGAUUAUAAAAAGUAUGAGAUUAACUCAAUAAAACAUUUAACAAUAGAUUUUGUUAAUUUAAAGUUAUAUCAGCAAUGAUUAAAUGUUUGAGGUUAACUAUCGGUCUAUCACUUCAACAUACUGCUAAAAGGUUUGCAGGACAUAGUAAAUGGCAAAAUAUUCGACAUACAAAAGCAGCAAAUGACAUUGCUCGUAGUCAAAUGUAUAGCAGACUAGGACAGCGAAUAAAAAUUGCAAUUGCAGAAAAUGGAAACAAUAAUAAUCCAGAAACAAAUAAUGCGUUAGCUCAAGUCUUGGACCUUUGCAGAGUAAAAAAUAUGCCAAAUGCAUCUAUACAGAGUUUCCUUAAAUUGUCAAAGGUCGACAAAUCCAGUGCAAAAACAGUCUGGUUCGAUCUUUUGGGACCCAAUGGCGUUUUUUUCCUAGUGAAUACUUACACGGACAAUUCAGCUAGAACAAAAGCUAAUAUAAGAUCGUGCAUUAAGAAGCAUAGGUUGUCAUUGGAAGGAAAUUUAAGAGGCAACUUUGUUCAUAAGGGAAUAAUAAAAACAAAGCCCAAAGCUGAUGCAAAUGUAGAAAAUAUUUUAGACGCAUGCAUAGAUGAUGCAAUCACUGUAGGAGCUGAAGACGCUUUGGAAGAUUCAACAGAGAGUGGAGUUUUCCUGUUUCAUUGCGAUCCAAAUCACGUGCUAUCUGUUAAGAAGAAGCUGAUCGACUUGGGAUAUGAAGUCAUUGAAGCUGAUGAUUACUACAUGCCGUUGAAAUUUGUCAGUUUGACAGAUGAUGAAACAGUUGAAGACCUUGAAAAAGCUAUUGAGAAGUUGAAUGCCCUGCCAGAGGUUGUCAAAAUCUAUGAUAACAUUGAGUGAUAUGAGACUACACAUUUUGUAAAUAAUUAGCAAAUACAAAUAAAUUUAUUUCGAUUAAAACAA